GCAUUGAGACCAGAGGAAUUUAUCACAGUGAACCUAUUGAUCACGACAUUCAACAUCUGAAGUUCUUUGAAAUUGGUUUAUUACGAAAGGGACGGAGUAAAAUAAAACAGGGAAGUCCACAACUACGCAGGGCAGUGAUGAGACCUGGAGUACUCCAUAAGAGGCCUUGUGAGAUAUGCGGAUACAAGAUACUGCAGAUGCAAAGGGAUAGUUGGCAUUUCAGGUCAAGACCCUGCAUCAGAACUGCAUCCUUUUGCCUCCACAAAUGCUGCUUGAUCUGCUGAGUUCCUCCAGCAGUUUGUUUUUUUGCUUGAAAAAUAUAUACUUGAAUUGGCUUCAAGUAUGUGACACAAUUUAUAUACUACAAAUAUACACAAUACCUUUCUACAUUUGUUUCUCUCAGCAGGAUAGUAAAGUUAAUACCUGAGGACUGGAGACACUGUAUUUGAAAGUGGGAAAACAGAUGCCGCGUGUGUUGAAGAAACAUUGUUUAACCUGUAUUACUGGUAUUUAUGGUUGCCAAUGGAAACAAUAUCCAUUAUAUCCCAACAAAAAGAGAGAGUUUAUCUGGUUUCUUGUCCUCUCUUGUGGCUGUGGUGUCAGUAUUUUCUGGUUUUACUGCUGGUGGGCAUUGCUUAAUGACUACAGCAAUUUAAAUGAGCAUUUAUUUGGAAUGAUGCAUCGAUGGUUAGAUUGGUCAGUAAUUCUUCUGGUAUUGGCAGCCACCAUCUUUAGCUAUUUGUCUCUGCUGAUGAUACUUGCAUUGUGCCACUUUGCUUUGGGUGAACCACUUUAUUUACACUGGAUUAACAAGGUUGCCAUAUUGAUUUCUGUCUUGCUUAUUUUGACUUUGAUGGUGGUCAUUAGGAUAAAGUGGAAGGAAGAAUGGGACACAAUACACAUGUCAAUUCAAGUAACAGCUCCUUUCUUCCACUUUGGUGCUGUUGCUGCUGUGACCAUUGUGGCUUGGUUCAUUGCUGAAUACUUUUUCCAAUCUAAAAGAAGAGUUUUCCAGAUCGUCUUGUCCAUAUCCUAUCUUGGAUUGGUGAUAUUUCUUUAUUUCAUUCCUCUUGCAAUCUCCUCUCCUUGUAUUAUUGAAAAGGAAAAACUGGGGCCAAAACCAGCUAUAAUGGGGCACCGUGGAGCACCCAUGUUGGCUCCAGAGAACACCCUGAUGUCUUUUAAGGAGACUGUGAAAUGUGAAGCCUCUACAUUUGAAACUGAUGUGCAGAUUAGUUUUGACGGAGUCCCAUUUCUAAUGCAUGACAAAACAUUUGAAAGGACAACAAACAUAAUGGAUAUUUUCCCUCAGCGAGCUUACAAUAAUACCUCAAGUUUUACAUGGGCAGAGAUUCAGCAGCUCAACGCUGGAAAGUGGUUUCUGGAGAAAGAUCCUUACAACACAGCAUGGUCACUAUCAAAGGAAUCACAAGAAAUUGCUACCAAACAGAACGUUUGUUCCCUGGCUGAACUGCUGAAACUUGCACAAGACACUAAAAAAUAUGUAAUUUUUGACUUGCGAACUCCAACCGACAGAUCUCAUCCGUACUACAACAAUUCACACAACAUUGUUGUGGAAACCAUCUUGAAUUCCUCAAUUGAUCACAACCUGAUCCUUUGGCUGCCCAACAAUAAGAAUAGCACCCCUCCUGAUUUCCAGCAGGUUCUGGGAGAAAAACUUGACCCAGAAAUACUGCAGAGGAAGAAAAUUUACAUCAUCAAUAUUCGUUAUAGCAACAUCAGUGGAGCAGAGAUUAGGAACUAUGCAACAAAAAAUAUCAGCACAAAUGUUUAUGUUGUCAAUGAACGCUGGGUGUUCUCCACAUUAUGGUGUGCCAAAGUAAAUUCUGUCACAACCAAUGCAUGUCAUAUCUUCAAGAAGAUGGAAGUACCUAUUUGGCACAUGUCUCCUGGAAUCUAUUUAAUAAUAUGGAUAACUGUUGACAUUGUCUCUUUCCUGAUGAUUCUCCUAAUAUGCUUCAUUCAAUGGUCAAGACACAGAGAUUUCACAGAAGUUAACAUGCAUGGAGACACUGAGGAGACUAUACUAUGAUUAAGCUUUGAAAGCACUAUCACUCUAUACUUGCAUAAUCCCUAACUGCUUGGUGUCACAGGUAUUGGACUAUGACCUCAAGUAUGCAAGGCAAAGGUCAAAGGAAAACUGUACCUAAUUUUUAUGAAAAUGUUGCUUAAAAAUGAACCAAAGUUUUAGGAGCGCAGUUUAUAAAAUAAAAUGUGUAUUUUUUUA